AUAAAACCCCCUAAUCAGUUACACUGCAGAGAGAGAGAGAGGGGUGUUUAAUGGCGGAAACUGCAGAGAAAGAGAGAGAGAGGUGUUUAAUGGCGGACGCAGCAGUUGAAUUCUUCCUGGAAAACCUGAAGCAGCUACUGGUCCACCACGUGAAUCUAAUAAAAGAUGUGAAGAGUGAUCUGGAGAAGUUGGAGAACGAUCUCCGUCUGUUCAAAGCCUUUCUCAAGGACUCCUUGAAGAAGCGGCGCAAGGACGCGGUGCUGCGCGAGCUUGGCCGACAAAUUAAGAGCGUCGUCAACGAAGCUGAAGACGUAAUUGAUACCUUCGUUACGCAGGCCGCCCAUAAUAGAAAUAAAAAUCUCAUUUUCAAAAUUUGGUCAUCAAGGAUCGACAUCGCCGAGCAAGUUGGCUCCGUCUGCCGGAAGAUCAAAGAUAUCUACGGCGACAAGAGCAAAUUUGAUAUCGCCUUCCUCAAUGUCGACGACGGAGAUCCGCCGGAGCAACUUGAGGCCCCCAUACUUAGGAAACACAAUGUGGUGGGUUUUGAUGAUGAGGCAAAAACUUUAAUGGGAUUUCUUGCUGAAGAAACUGAUCAGCUUGAUGUCAUCUCCAUUAUUGGGAUGCCUGGCCUUGGAAAGACUACACUUGCUGGUAAGAUCUUUCAUGAUCAAGAGAUCAAGUACCAGUUCCCAGUGCGCAUAUGGGUUUAUGUCUCUCAAGAUUUCACUAAUAAAGAUAUCUUUCUUUCAAUUUUGAAAGAGUUCACUAAGAUAUCUGAGGAGAUUAGUAGCAAAAAUAACGAGGAGUUGGCAGGUUUGGUGGCUGAUCAUCUGGCAGAUGUGAAAUUCUUACUAGUCAUGGAUGAUGUAUGGGCACCUGCAGAUUGGGAAAAACUCCAAAUUGCUUUACCGACCAAUAAGAGGGGCAAGGUUUUGAUUACCAGUAGGCAAGUGGAAGUGGGUUGGUAUACUAAUCGCCUAAGAGGUCCUCAUAUGUUGCGUUUCUUGAAUCAUAAUGAGAGUUGUGAGCUUCUACAGUUGGAGGUAUUUGGUAAACGCGAGUUCCCUAAAGAGCUGCAGUUUGAAGGAACAGAAAUAGCUAAAAGAUGUGGUGGGUUGCCACUUGCAAUAGUAGUCAUAGGAGGCAUUCUUGUAAAGAAGUUUUCAGCCAACGGUGAUAUGGGUGUCAUUAGACGAGCCUGGAAGAAAGUUAUCGAAAGUUUCAUUGCAUAUCUAAAUCUUGACACCGAGAAACGAAUGGAAAAGAUCAUAUCAUUGAGUUACGAAAAGUUACCUUCUCACUUGAGAGAAUGCUUUCUCUAUGUGGGAAUGUUUCCUGAAGACUUUGAGAUCCCCGUGUGGAAACUGAUUCGAAUGUGGAUUGCUGAAGGUUUGAUACAACGAAGGGAUAAUAUUAGUUUGGAGGAAAUUGCAGAAAGCUAUCUGGAUGAUCUUAUCAAUAGGAACCUAGUUAGAGCUGAGAAGUUGAAAACUGAUGGUAGAGUUAAAACUUGUCGUGUUCAUGAUAUGCUACGUGAAUUCUGCAUAACUGAAGCUGGAAAUGAAAGGGAUAAUUUCUUUCAAGAAGUCAAGAUGUCCAAUGAUGGAGGUUUUCAACCACCAGUUUAUGAAGGGUACAAGUGUCGCCGUCUUUGCAUUCAUUCUGAAGUAUCUAGAUUUCUCAUGGAAAAACCUAAAGGUCCGACUGUCCGCUCAUUUGUUUGUUUCUCCAAGGACGAAGUCCCCAUUCAACCAGAAUACAUAUCAGCCAUUCCUGCUAAUUUUAAGCUGCUAAGAGUUUUAGAGGCCAAGCUGAUCAAAUUCACUAAACUUCCGAAUGAGUUGUACCAAUUGGUUCACUUAAGGUACAUUGUCCUGGCACUCAAUUCAAACCCAGCAGUGCUUCCUUCAGCCUUCUCAAAGCUUUGGAACAUCCAAACUCUCAUAGUCGACACAACAUCUCGUACCCUUAAUAUUAAAGUGGAUAUUAUGAACAUGAUCCAGUUAAGGCAUUUCAAGACUAACGCAUCUGCUACUUUACCCAAGAUGGGAAAAAAUAGCAAGGGAGGUGAGCAGAUUCAAACACUCGGAACAAUCUCACCAGAGAGUUGUAGUGAAGAAGUUUUUAGCAAGGCUCGGAAUUUGAAGAAAUUGGGCGUUCGUGGAAAGCUAGCCUGGCUUUUGGAAAACAAGAAAGGGUCCUUUGAUAGUUUAGCGAAAUUAGGUAAUCUUGAAAAGCUGAAGCUGAUAAAUGAUAUCAUCCUAUGUUCAGAAACAGAGCGCCAACUGCGUGGCCUUCCUCCGGCUUAUAAAUUUCCGACACAAUUGAGGAGCCUGACACUAUGUGAUACUUCUCUCGACUGGUCUCAUAUGAAGAUAUGUCGAGCAAAGGUUCCGAAGAAACCAGGGAAGAAAUACCUGAAGAUAAAGUAUACUGUGUUGAAGUUCUGAUUCUGGUAAUCAGUUGUAAUUGUUGAUUUCGUGUGCUGACUUUAAUUCUUUAGACCAUGUUUGAAGUCAUUGAAAGGCUCCUCUAUUUAUGUAUCAUUCGGCUUGACAUCACAUUCGCUUUCUACAA